ACCGGCCAAGGCAGGAGCAAGCCGGAUGCACCGGCAGAACCUGGUCUUUCACUGAGAACAGCUUGGCCCCAGAGGAAAACGGGACUUUUGUCUCUACUCUCCACUUACCUCUGGUCUUAGCUCCUGGCCUCUCUAGCACACUCUCUGUCCCCUGGAUUUCUGCUUUUUUUUUUUUCCUUCUGUUCUACCAGUGGCCUGCAGUUUCCAGGGUUGCUUGGUCUUCAUUUCUGUUCACUAAAGAGUUUCUCCUUGCUUGAUGCUGUUACUUGCUCUGUCUUCUUUCUGUAAGUUCAGAAGGGAAAAACUGUCCUGUAGGUAUUGGAGAAGCUGAGCAAAACCCACUUGGAAAUAAACAGGAGGAGGUCAGGGCAGGGGCUUUUCCAUUAGCAUAUUAGACAUGAGCUACUUUUGGAAAGCAGAAUACCCUGAUUCCCUUGCUGCAGACUCCCAGCAGAAAAGCUGAGGGCAGCCUGGGUCACCCGAGGGAGAGAGCAAUGGCAAAAGGAGAAUCCGUUCUUGGAGGAAAAGCUCAGGGCUCCAGCCGCUGUGAAUAUGAUACGGGGUGAAGUGGUGGGAGCUUCAGAAGUCUCAUUAGGCUCUGUUGGAAAUCUGGUGGUGGUUCUUCCCAUCUAUGCAAACUCCUCCUGCAGGUGAGACGGCUUUUCCAGGUCAGCGCCAGAGAUGCAUUAGUGGGAAUAUUUACUUGGAAAUUCAAUCCCAGCUCAUGCUUGCCUCUAAUUGACUGAAGAGCUUCUUUGAAGUAAAGGAAUCAGCUUAGUGUCUGAAAGGGCAUGUGACUGCAGGGAAAGGGAGCUCCAGGUAAGGAGUCUCUUUAUUUCCCACCUGCUGGAGGUGAUUCGGUGAUUGCCCACUCUUACUGCAGUCUGGGCAAAUCCCAGUUAGCAUUCAACUUUACUCCACGCGGCUGGAUCAGCAGAUGCUCUCUCACUUCCUCGAUUUGUGGAAGACGUAGGGCGAGCCCGUCUCCCUUUGUGUCCCGGGCGUGCCUGAGAGCACCUUGGAGUCUCCGCUUGAGCUGAGCUCGCCUGUUAGCCAGUUCAGCAGCUCCCUGAAUCUCUUGGUCCAGGUGCAGCAGCUCUGCCAGCGUCCCCAGGGCACAAUGUUCAGCCCAGCAUACGUGGUGCCUCUGCUGCCGGAAGCGGCUUGUUUUUGUGGUCCUGCUUUCCCACCUCGGCUCCCGUCUGCUCCUGUCUGCAGCCUCUUCUUCCCAGCUCCUUUCCUCAGCAACCAGCUCUUCCAGCCUCACAGCCCUCCAGAGCCCUGCAAGCGAGCGCUGCUGCCGGCAGGCCGAGACACAGGUUUGGGAUUGGUGAGGGCAUUCUCAGAGGAAGUUCGUCCGCUGAAGCAGAGACGAGCUCGAGCCAACUACAGCAGCUGGCAGCUGGAGGAGUUGGAAUCGGCCUUUGAGACUACGCAGUACCCAGACAUCUUCAUGCGCGAGGCCUUAGCCCUCCGGCUGGACCUGAUGGAGGCCAGGGUGCAGGUUUGGUUUCAGAACCGUAGAGCAAAGAUGAGGAGGCAACUAAAGCUGCGGGGCCAAGCUCUGGACCAAACCCUUGCUGGGAGCACUUCUUCCUCGGGAGAUGAGAAGCCCCAAGACACUUUUGAAACUGAAGAUUUAAGUGAUAACUGUGGAUUCAGAAAAACUGGGGCAGAUCACCAGCCAAAUGCUGAUCCUGAAGUACAGGCUCCCCCUCGGCCUCCUGUAUGCAGGUCAGCUAUGGAGGUGGUGGGCCCAGGGUCAGAGGAAGCCAUCAGCUUUGGGGCCAAGGUUGGAGAGGACAAAGCUGAAAUCUCCCCACCUGCAGUCCAGAACCGGUCUGAUUCAGCAUGAGAUUUGCCCACAAAAGUCCUCACCUCUCACGUUUCCUUGAUCAUCGCUACUACACCGUCACUCCAUCUAAAGAUAGUUCCUUAGUCUUUUCCUUCUCCCCCCAGCCCCAACCACAUCCUCUCCACCUGCUAGGCCUGGACCUCUGCUCUUGGACAGAGAUUGGAGUCAUUUUUUCAGGUCUCUGUAGAUGAGAUGUGGAGCAAAAGAGACAGUAGUGGGGGUGGCUGCCAUCUCUGCCCAUGCUUGGCCCUUUCCCCUCAGGUAGAAGAUCCUGAACCCCUUUUCUUUCUCUGCUGGCACUUGCAUUACUGAUCCCAGCACAGACCCAUCCCUCUCCCUUCAGGUCUUUCUCAGGACAAGAAUUAGCAAGGGACAUUGCUCCUCCAUUCAGUAUCAUGGGCAUUCCUACAGAUCACCCUAUUUUUUAUAUCGAUGAUCAAACUAGCCUGUGUCAGGUACUGAUCUGGGGCCUUCUGGAAUGGGAGGCCUAGCGUGUAAUGAGACAAGGUUCUUUGGGUAAAUCUGAUAUCUUUUAUUAGACCAACUCA